AUGAGUGAAAGUAAAGGAGGAGGGAAGGAACUUAAAUGUAAUAAGGGGAGGACGGAUCUGGAGACGUACAAGAAUCAACUGGAACAAAAAGUACGUGGAAUUUCCCCAAAUGGAAAGAACGCAGCAGAUGAUGUUCCUCCUAUCUGGUGUUGUUUAUCUGAGACAUAUGAUUUGACUUCAGAUAAUUAUGCACGGUGCGAUCUUAUAUACUAUAUAGUGGGAAGCAUCAUAUAUAAUAAUUUAACGAAGAAAGAUUCAUUUGAUAGUAUUAUGAAAGAAGUGCAUGAUAUAUUAGGGAAGGAACUAAAUAAUGAUCAGUGUACAAAUGUAUCAAAUAAGGAUGGGAAAAAACUUUUCGGAUUAAUGGAAAAAUUGUCCUAUUACAAUUUGGACCCCAUACAUGUAUGGGAAGUAGGCGAAGGAGAUUCUGAGAAAGUUAAUUGCGAGGGAUGUGCUAAUUAUUUAGAAGAGCUUGCCAGAGCAUGUAAGGAAGUGGAAACAUAUUGUACGGAUGAGCGGAAUAAUGGCAAGUGUGGGGAAAUUGAACUGGAAAAAACUCAUCAGGGUAGCCCUGGCUACUUAUUACAGUUAAUAUAUAACAUAAUUCCGGAGCUGGAGGCUACCUUAGAGGCCGAAAUGACCCAAGAAAAGCAUAAAUGUUUGAGGGAGUUACCUUCAGACAUAGAGCAUAGGACAUUCAGUGAUAUUGAAAAUCACUGUACUGAUGUUAAGGGGCGUUCUGCCGGAGAAAUGAAGAGAAUAUUAAGGGGAGUACUAGGUGAAUCUGGGUCUCCUUGGAACUGUGCCAAUCAAAUUAUAAGGGGUGCAUGUUAUUCACAGGAAAUGGAUGGGGACAGUUCUCCCUAUGGUGAACGUUGCACUCCCCUAUAUUAUUAUAUAGGAAAUGUAAUAUCUACCAUACCUGCCAGUGUCCAUAUGUUCGCUACACUUAUGAAGGCGACGUACGAUAAAUUGAAGGACAUAAAUGUUGGUAUUAAGGGGGCCUGCACUAAUCUAUACGAAGAAGACAAAAUUGACAAAACCACCUUCGAAAAUAUGAAAUUAAUAUAUGAUUAUUCUAAGGACUAUAAAAUUAUACAAAAAUAUGCGCAAAUUCCCCAGGACGGUGAAUAUUCGUGUACUGGACACUAUUCCAGUUACCUGGACAAAGUUCUCUUAGCCUACGAUUAUAUGGAGAAACAAUGUCCAAAGGGAAGUGAAAAUAAUAAACAAUGGUGUCAGGAAUUUAAGGAAAUGACUACUACACGUAAUCUUAAGGAGUUACUACAAUUAAAGUCUUCCUUACAACAUAUAUCCUCCAACAGUACUGCUGCAAUCACGGGCUCCGCCGUGGGUGGUACAUUAUUUACGUUAGGAUUACCAUUAGCCGCUUUCCUUUCUUACAAGUAUGAUCUUUUACCAUCUGGAAUACGUAAAUUCUUCUUAAGAGGCGGAAGUGGAACCAGAAUGAGAAGAACAGCAUUCGGACCGAAUUCUGACGCAGAAAUGGAAAAUUUCACUGAAUAUUACACGGAAAACGGCUCAACAACAACAGAUCCAACAGAAUAUUCCACAGUAGCAGGUUCAUCAUCAAAUUUAACAACAACUUCAACAGAGGACAGUUCUAUUUUAUAUAAUGAAGAUGGACCAGCACGAUCACCACCAUCACCACCAUUACCGAGAAAAAAAAGGGGAGGAGGAAAUAAUCGAAGGGGCCAAAAUAUUAGUUAUCAUAGUAUGGAACGUUGA